AUGUUAGAUGAAAUCAAUGAAAUUAAUAAAUUUAGAAUCUUUCUUGAUGAUGUGUUCGACAAGCCGAUUCAUGAACUGAAUUUUACCCUAUCUGAAGACGAAGCGGAUCCUACUAUUGAAGAAUUAUAUUCAGAAAUUGUCAAAACAUGUAAUGAGGGUAGAAAUAUUCCCGACACAAUUAACAAGAUUCUCUCUAAGUAUAAGAAAUCAUCUCAAGAUGUUUUGGAUUGUUUAUCAUCACAUCAAGACAAACCAGAAUACAUUUGUGUUCUAGCAUUGUUUCAUUAUUAUAAUGUUGGAGUAAAAAAUGUUGAAGAUAUGUAUCAAUUAUUUCAAAGUGCGUCUUCAAAUGAAAAUGUUAUUGCAACAUUUUUUGUCGGGAAAUGUUUUGAUGAAGGCCUGAGCGUUAGGAGAAACAAAUCUAAAGCAAUUGAAUUGUAUAAGAAAGCUGAAGAAACCGGUAACUGUGCCGCAGCAGGAUAUGCACUCGGAUCUUAUUAUUAUAAGCAAAGCAAAUAUAACCAGGCAUUUGGAUACCUGGAAAGGUCAGCAAGAGGAAAUAACAUGAUGGCAUUGAAUCUUUUGGCAUUAUGCUAUCAAAAAUCUUUUGGAACAAGCAUUAAUAAGGUUGAGGCGUUUAAAUCAUUUCUCCAAGCAGCUAAAAUGGGUUUACCAGAAUCACAAUAUAGGCUUGGAAAAUGCUAUGAGUUUGCUGAAGGAGCAAAAAGAGAUUUGGAACAAGCAUUACAUUGGUAUCAAAAAGCUAUGGAUAAUGAAUAUCAAUGUUAUAAUGACUUAGAGCGAGUAAAGAUUGCAAAAAAUCAAGAAUUAGAGUUAAAUAGAUGA